UUUGACGCAAAUCUCCAAGGCGCUGUAAUAACCGGAUAACGGGAACCGAGAAGGAGGACGACAACAGGACGGAUCAGUCCGACAGCCGCAUAUGUUUAUACAUAAAGACCUGAUGUUGUUGUAGCCCACAUACCGCAGGUUUAGAGGGUUUGCUUUUCUCUACAAGGAGCUGCUGCCUCCCCUCUCUCUUUGUCUGGUUCCUCCUCAUUUGGAGGUGGAAGCGGAGCGCGCCUCAGCUGAGGAGGACCUGCACAUGUCGGCUCCGUUUGUUCCUCCGCCCUGAUAACGGUGGCAGGAGGAGGAGGAGGUGGAGGAGAAAGGGACAAUCGCCAAGCUUUAAGGAGCCAGUUCUAUUCCCAUAUUACCAGGCGCGAGGGUUGAGACAACCGGGAGAUGCGAUAAAAACAAGAGAGAAGGACACCAGUGAUGCGGCAGCCAAGGUGGGCCCAGAUUGAUGAUUUUAUGAUAUCAUCAUCCACCGCCAGGACCGGACACUGAUCCCAUUUAAAGAGGAUAAACAGCAAACUGCUUUGGAAUCUGUUCAUUUAUCUGGGAUUAUUAUUAUUUUUUUAAAAUCGGGCUGUAUUAUCUUGAAUGAACAUCCAUAUUUAGGCCGAGCCUGUGUGACGCCAGCACAGCAGCAGAGUGCGUCUCAGCAUCACUUGGAAUGAUCCACAAGCCAUUUUACAUCUGCAAAACCAACCAGGAGGUUCAAGGGAUGUUGCCAUCAAUGCGGCUCUCAUAGAGGCGCAAACCAGGACAGGACCUCCAGAAAUAUCCCCCCCCCCCCCCCCCCCCAUUCCCCUCCUCUUCACCCCCACCCCCUCCUCUUCACCUACCUCUGCUCCUCUUUACACCACCCCUUCAGCGCCUAUUCAUCCUAAUCAACUGAUUAUCCCAUCUGUGAUUCACAAAGCCACCCACUCCAUCCGUCCGUCCGUCCUCCUUGAGCGCCACUUUUACGCGCUCCACAUCUGCAGCCGCCAUGGAAACCACCAAGCUGCCCCCCUCCAGCCCCUCCUCGCCCACCACCAGCUUCUCGGUGCCGUCCGCGGAGAAGGUGGACGGCUUUCCGCGCAGGUCUAUGCGCAGAGCGCGACAGAGGAGGUCCCACAGCUCUUCCCAGUUCCGAUACCAGAGCUCCCAGGUGGAGCUCACCCCGCUGCCCCUGCUCAAAGAUGCCCCGGUGGCAGAGCUACAUGACCUGUUCUGUAAGAAGCUGCAGCAGUGCUGCGUGCUGUUUGAUUUCUUGGACUGUGUGGCCGACCUGAAAGGGAAGGAGAUCAAACGUGCGGCGCUUAACGAGCUGGUGGAGAGCGUGGCUACUAGUAGAGGAGUUCUCAUCGAACCUCUCUACCCAGAGGCCAUAAAGAUGAUCUCCGUCAACAUAUUCCGCACCCUUCCUCCCAGUGAGAAUCCAGAGUUUGACCCUGAGGAAGACGAGCCGACUCUUGAAGCUUCAUGGCCACAUCUGCAGCUGGUGUAUGAGUUCUUUCUGAGAUUCCUGGAGAGUCCAGACUUCCAGCCGUCCAUGGCCAAACGCUACAUCGACCAGAAAUUUGUCCUGCAGCUUCUGGAGCUGUUCGACAGCGAGGACCCUAGGGAGAGGGAGUACCUGAAGACGAUCCUGCACCGUGUCUAUGGAAAAUUACUGGGCCUCCGAGCAUAUAUCCGCAAACAGAUCAACAACAUCUUCCUCAGGUUCAUUUAUGAAACUGAGCACUUCAACGGCGUGGCAGAGCUGUUGGAAAUCCUCGGCAGCAUCAUAAAUGGCUUUGCUCUGCCCCUGAAAGCUGAACACAAGCAGUUCCUGGUGCGGGUCCUCAUCCCGCUACAUACAGCAAAGUCCCUCUCCAUCUUCCAUGCACAGCUGGCCUACUGUGUGGUGCAGUUUAUGGAGAAAGAUGCUACAGUGACUGAAUACAUCAUCAGGGGGCUGCUCAAGUACUGGCCGAAAACCUGCACCCAGAAAGAGGUGAUGUUUCUGGGGGAGAUUGAGGAGAUCUUGGACGUGAUAGAGCCGUCACAGUUCAUCCGUAUCCAGGACCCUCUCUUUAAGCAGAUUGCUGCCUGUAUCUCCAGCCCUCACUUUCAGGUAGCGGAGCGAGCUCUUUACUUCUGGAACAAUGAGUAUAUCCUCAGUCUGAUAGAAGAGAACUGUCAAGUCAUCCUGCCACUGGUGUUCGGCACCCUCUACAGAGUCUCAAAGGAGCACUGGAACCAAACUAUCGUGUCUCUGAUCUACAACGUGCUGAAGACUUUCAUGGAGAUGAACAGCAAACUGUUUGAUGACCUCACUGCCUCCUACAAAGUGGAGAAACAGAAGGAGAUGAAGCGAGAAAGGGAGCGUGCAGACCUCUGGCGAGGCCUGGAGGAGUACCAGGAGCGCCGAAUGCAGAUGCUUACAGAGGCCGCCAGGAACCAGCGCAACCUCCAGGAGAGGGUCGAGAGAGGAGACCCACUGAGCCCUUCCUCCCCACAGACGGCUCAGUCCGACCAACUCGAGCCAAAACCCAGCGGGGCGUCCUCUGGAGCCGGGGAGAGCGCCACCUAGGCACCGCUGCACACAUGAGGGAUAAUACUGGGGGAAGGGUAGUGGGACUUGAGCUUAGUGGUGAAAGUGUUGGGAGACAGAAAAGGUAUAAAAUCACUUCUUUUUAUCAUGUAUCAUGGAGGUGGCAGCUUCUUGUACAAAGGUGCAAUCUCUGUGAUGCAAAGCUGUACCUUCUUUCUGACAGCAUUGUGUGAAACUGGUUCACUUUUAGCUGUACACACGUCAUGUUGCAGUUCAUUACUCUAAAAAGGUGCAGCCUGUCAUGUUAUUUAUUAUCCCGUUCAGUAAACUGCAGACCAGCUGCAAAACAAAGAGACAAAGUGUCUCUUUUGGUGUCUAACUUGUCUUGACAUUUGACCAACAGAGUCAUAGUCUGUACUGUGGCCUCAUCUUUAUCUUUUUAACUGAAAGAUGCUUAAUCCUGACGUGCAUAGCACAAUCCAUGAAUGAAAACAGAUGAAGCAAUUUCACACAAAUGUCCCAAAGCUAUCGCUGCACACAACCGACCGACCUACAUACAUGAGGGUACUUAGUGUAAAUAUCAGAGAAGAAAGGAGCUACCAAAAGUGUAUGGCCGUUAGACAUAUGUCACACAACUGACUGAGACACACAGAUCCCCGUAAGCACCCAAACACACACAAAGAUUUACUCAGCCAGUUGUGGCGCUGACUCGUCCCCAUCUGGGUCCCACCACAGGAUCCCCUACAGUCCCAGUAAACUUCAAUUAAAGCCGAUUACGAUGGUGAUGACUCUGAUAUAAAGUACAAUAUUGUUCCUUCUUCUUACUUGUUACUCUACUACUACUACUCUACUCUAACUACUACUGAUGAUGAUGUUUUUAUAUAUAUAUAAAUAUAUAUAGAUAUACAUACGUCUGGAUAUUUCUGUAGCGUAUCAUGGAAGAAAAACUAGUGUAGCAGAAACCAUAAAAGGGGAAGGCCGACUAAAAAUCCUAAUUUUUACGCAGUAAUGAGGCCAUAAUGUUAGUGCUGAAAUUCAGCAGAAAACCCCUUUAACAGACCUUAACUGAGGGUGGCAGGGAUAGACUGGAUAAGCAGCAGUUGUUUUUCUUUUGCUUUGAAAUCUUUGAAUCUCCAUAUAGAGCAAAUCAACAGUUUUAAUACAAACUUGGUUGGAAAACUUAGAUAAAAACGUAGAUAAAUCAACAGGAAUAUUAAAAUUUAAGAGAAAAAUUAUCAACACUGUAAUGCAAAUAAAACAGAUUUGGUGAAUUGAUCAGAAGCAACUUGAUGAAUUGAUCUAUAAAGCAUUUUAGGCUAUAAAACUUUCUUGGAACAUAACUAUUUUCAAUAUUUGCUUGGAUGCAAUAUGAAUCAUAGCAGGGUGGCCUGAAAUCAGCAACAUCGACAAGAAUGAAGGCUGUUACGCUAGGGAGGGGAGUUAUAGAUUUUGCCUUUUUGAGCAAAUACUUAGGUGACUACAGUUGGUACUAGUGUUGCACCGAUACCGAUACCAGUAUCGGACGGGGCGCCGAUACUGCCCUAAAAUGGUGGUAUCGGUAUC